CUAUCUUUCCAAAAUCAAAUUACUAGUUCACCAAAACUCUAAGUCACCUCUUUCCCUUUCCACAUGACCAUUUUACCCUCUCCUUCCAUUCAAAUCAACCCACUUUCCAAACAUUCACUCAUCAUCCCCUUCACAUGCGCACUCCCUAAUUAAUCAAACUCCACACCAAAUUCCACCUUUCUUCACCCCCAAUUCUCUUCUCUCUCCACCCACCCCAAUUUCCAAUCACAUUCUCCAAAAAUUAACCCAUGAAGUUUCCCAAACUAACCCUAACAAUAAUCCUAACCCUCAUAUCCACCAUCCUCCCCCCUUCUUCCCCAGAUCCCAACGACCAAUCCUGCUUAUCCAACUUAUUCAAAACCCUUCAAGACCCAAACCACAACCUUAUGAACUGGACCGAACCCAACUUCCAAAACCCUUGUUCCGGUUUCCUCUCUAACCUCGCCGGAGCUACCUGCAACAACGGCCGCAUUUACAAACUCUCACUCCCCAACUUCAACCUUCACGGCUCCAUCUCACCCUUCAUCUCCAACUGCACCAAUCUCCAAUCACUAGACCUCUCCAACAACUCACUCACCGGCCCGAUCCCGACCGAACUCCAGUACCUUGUCAACCUUGCCGUACUAAAACUCUCAUCAAACCACAUCUCCGGCACAAUCCCGCCGUCGAUUGCCAUGUGUGUGUACCUUAAUGUUAUCGAUUUACAUGAUAAUGAUCUGACUGGAACGAUUCCGGCUCAGGUGGGUUCGUUGGUGCGGUUGUCGGUUUUUGAUGUGUCGAAUAAUAAGUUGUCGGGUCCGAUUCCGGUGAGCUUGGGGAACCGCACGGGGAACCUGCCGAGGUUCAAUGUGACGUCGUUUUGGGGGAAUAAGGAUCUUUAUGGGUACCCGUUGGGGCCGAUGAAAAAUAAAGGGUUAUCGGUUGUGGCGAUUGUGGGAAUUGGGUUGGGGAGUGGGUUGGUGAGUUUGAUGUUGAGUUUUACGGUGGUGUGUGUUUGGUUGAGAGUUACGGAUCAGAAAAUGGCUGCUGAACAAGAAGGGAAAAUUACCCAGUUGAUGCCGGAAUAUUGAUUUUUUUUUUUUUAAGAUUGGAAGGUUGGUGUGGUUAAAGUAGGUUUUGGAUUUUACUAAAGUUUGCCCAAUUGUAGUAUAUUUUUUUGGAUUCUUGAAUUGAGAUUAUUGUUAUUAUGUAUGUAAUUAUGUUAUAAUUAUUUUGUGAGAUUUUCUUGAUA